AGAUGCCCACGCUGUAAUAUGAACUUUUCUUAAAGACUCUUUCUUGCCAGGUACCAGGACAAGCCAACUAUGGAAAACAAUGAAGAAAACAUAUAUGAAGGUGAUGUGGGCAUAGGAUACUAGAGAGCUUUGCUACUUGUAUCCUCAGCUAUGUCCUCUAAACACCCAAGUAAGAAUUCUAUCUCCAAAUCAGCAAGAAACACUCCUCAAUAUGGAGAGAUUUCUGACUUGGACCAGCAGGUAUGGGCUAUAAGUGGUCAGAUCCUUGUGACAGUUCCGAGGAGCAAUGCUGUAGACCCAGUCACCGUCACUGUGCUCGCAUGCAAGUACCCAGAGUCCCUUGAGCAGGGCAAAGGCAUUCCCAUUUAUUUUGGAAUCCGGAAUCCAGAAAAAUGCCUGUUUUGUGGGGAAGUUGAUGGACAGCCCACUCUGCAGCUGAAGGAAGAGAAGAUUUUGGAUUUGUACAACCAUCCUGAGCCACAGAAGCCCUUCCUGUUUUACCACGCCAGGACGGGUAGAACGUCCACCUUUGAGUCAGUGGCUUUCCCUGGCAUGUUUAUUGCCUCCUCCAAGAAUAACGAGCCCAUCUUCCUCACAUCAAAACAGGGGGAAUAUUACAACAUUAACUUCAAUUUAAAUGUAGGGCCUUGAACUCAGCAUGGAAGUAGAGAGUUGGUUGGGAGUCUUUGUCUUAAAACUUCAAGCUUCUAAUAUGUUAUCAUUUUGAUCUGUGUUGUUUUCAUCCUAAGAGGUAAGCAAAACCAACAAUCUGGUUCCAUAGAUGAAGAAGAGAUAAAACACAAUGUAUAAUACAGAGUACGUGGGAUGGGGGCAGUGUAAGGCUGUCCCAUGAGCUCAAUAGAUUGGAGAGUGUCCUUUCCAGGUACUUUUCAACUGGCCUAAAAUUCAGAGGAGUUGGCAGUUCCUCUGAGGGUGACUCUCAGGUUUAUUCUCAGCUUUUAUUGUUUACACUGGCAGAGAGGGUUCUAGUGAAUCUGGUCAGCUUCAGGAAGUUCCCGAAGC